CCUCGCCCUCGUUGUCCGGGGCAUGCCGCCGCAGCUGGCCGGCGGCGACGACAUUGGCGGCAAGCUCGGGCGGAGCGCCGGCACGCUCCGCGUCGAGUACCGCGCACACAUCCUCGACGACUGCAAGGCGACGCCCGUCAACCUCACCCAGCACUGGGGCUUCAACCUGAGUGCUUCGUCAAAGCAGAAGCAGGACAAGAGCAACAAGAUCGACGACCACACGAUCCGGCUCAUUGCGUACCCUGGUGAGGACAGCCCUGGGAUCCGGCGUCUCGAGACCGACGGACGCGGGCUGCCCACGGGCAAGCUGGCGGACAUCGCCGCGGGAGACGCACACGACCUGGCAGAGGCAGGCGAGCACGGGCUGGGCCGACGCGUGGGGGCCAGGAUGCCCGACGGUGGCUUUGACCAUUUCUACGUCUGGGGCUUCCCCACGUUCACGCCGCCACCUCCCGGCGCACAUCCAUCGAUGAUGACGAACACCCAAGGCCCCGACCUCACACGCUGCAUCCUCCAUGCGCCCGACACGCACCUCUCGCUCGUCUUUCGCACCAACCAAGCCGGCGUGCAGUUCUACAGCGCAAACGGCCAGCCGCCGUCGCCUGCACCUGCCUCGCAGAGCGGUGGCCGCCGAAAGACGCUCCAUUCAGCAGCAGCAGCAGCAGCAACUAGCUCGGCAGAGGAGACGGGCAGCACGGGCGCCGGCGCCGACGAAGAGGGCAACGCCGAGAGGAGCGCCGCCUUUCUCGAAUUUGGCAUGCCCCACGCCACCUUUUUGCACAAGGAGCUCAUCGAUGCGCUCCAGGGCCACGACACCGUGCUGGGCCCGAUGGAAAACUACUCAAACUGGGUCGAGGUGGAGCUGUGGAAGGGCUCGUGAAUGGCAAAAAUAGUCACAUUGAUUGCAGCUCUGAUC